AUGAACCUGUUUGAUCCCCUGGGUAUCGUCGCUUGCUUUACGAUCCAUGGUAAAAUCUUAAUACAAUCCGUUUGGCGUUCUGGAGUGCAGUGGGACGAUCCAAUCUGCGAUGAGGAGUAUGGUAUGUGGCAGCGUUGGAUCAGGCUGGCCCCGAAUCUAGAUAAGGUAAAAAUCCCGCGGUGCUACUUUCAAGGCUACCGCCCAAGCAGUUACGAGUCAUUACAACUCCAUGUCUUUGUGGACGCAAUCGAGUUGGCCUAUUGUGCCGUCGCUUACUUCAGGAUUCUUGAUGACGAUAUUCCUCGAUGCGCUUUAGUAGCUGCAAAAACUAAAGUCACCCCAUUACGCCCCCAAUCAAUUCCUCGCAACGAAUUAUGCUCUGCGGUGCUUGGUUCCAGAUUAAUGAAGUCCAUAGUCGAAUAUCACUCUCUGAAGAUCUGCCGGAAAUUCUUGUGGACGGAUUCCCUGACAGUCAUGGCCUGGUUGCGUGCUGAUCCCCGGAAAUACCGACAAUUUGUUGGGUUUCGUGUAGCUGAGAUAUUGUCACUUACGGCAGUAGACGAUUGGUAUUGGGUUCCAUCUAACCUCAAUAUUGCGGACCAAGGUACUAAAUGGGGAGAUGGUCCUAGUUUUGAACCUGACAGACUUUGGUACAACGGACCUGAGUUCCUGCUUCUGCCGUCCGAAGAAUGGCCGAAAAGAAAGCAACCCUCCGAAGCUCCAGCAGAUGAAUUACGAACCGUAUACGUUCAUCGUCUAAAAACUGAAUAUUGUAGAACGUAUAUCAUAAUUGUGCCAAAAGACCACCCUGCUACCAAUCUUCUUAUUUUGCGCUACCAUCAGAAAUAUGGGCACGCCAACACAGAAACGGUGCUCAAUGAACUUAAGCAGCAGUAUUAUAUUCCUCGAAUGCGGGCCACCGUCAAGAAAGCUAUCAAGAGUUGUAUGUGGUGUCGCGUUUACCGGGCCAAACCAUGCACUCCUAAAAUGGCCCCACUUCCUCAACCCAGAGUUAAACCCUACGUUCGGCCAUUCACGUUCACCGGCUUAGAUUACUUCGGGCCACUGUUGGUUAAGCGUGGUCGUUGUAACGAGAAAAGCUGCAAAAUGGCAAUACGACGCUUUAUAGCCAAACAUGGUCCUCCUCAGGAACUGUACUGCGAUAACGGGACCAAUUUCCGAGGCGCAUCCCGAGAGUUAGCAGAGGAAGCGUAA